GAUUCUAGAUGUAAUAGACAUAAGCCGUGAUUAAGUUAAGUACCUCCGAGGUAUCUGUAUGUCUAGGUAGGUAGAUUCCACAUUGGAUGCCAUAUAUUUUAUCAUGAUGAAAGUCGGAAUGCCCCGCUGAAAACAAUUAACAAGCUUAUCGAUAAAAAAUCAGUCAUCGAAAAAAAAGAAAAAAAAAUUUACGGUUCAGAGUCCCUUGCAAUCCCAUGCCGGCGCAUUUCAACUAGCUCAAUCAACUUUGAUUUUUUUCACCUUUUUAAUCCUACCAUAAUAAUUAUAACCAAUUCUGAAUUCCGAAUUCAGCUUCUGCUCACGCCAGCUCCCUCACCCCCUGCGCAAUGGCAGACAACGCAGCUUCAACACUCACGUCGCCGCCCGACAAGAAACUCAAGUCGCAUAAGAAACAUAAACGACAUCGUGAAGCCGAUGGUACCGAGGGCAACGAGCGAAAGCACAAGAAAUCCAAAAGCAGCAGCAAUGCUCCUGCUCCAGAACCAGAAGAUCCAAUCCAGAUAGAGGCCAAGUUGCCUGACGCGCUUAUACCAGAGACCGAAGCAAACGGCAACGACAGCAAAGCAGGAAAGAAGAAGAAGAGGCCAAGACAUAAGGAUAGGGAUCAAACUACAGACAAGACAGAUGAGCACCAAAUGGCGCAAAAUGGCGCAAUGGACGGAAGCACCUCCAAAAAGGACAAGAAAAAGUCAAAGGAACAUAAGAAGAAACAUGACAAGAUCAAUGUGGAGUCGUCAGUCAUUCCAGAUAGUCAACCAGUUCCAGCAAUACAGGACCAAGAGACAGAGGAUCCCGAACCGGAUUCUAUGGACAUCGACUCGGUUCCAGCCGAGACUUCUAAUUCUGACGAAUUCGGACAAAAGCCAGCGGCCAGUGAAUACCCCUUCUUCACACAGACCGUUUCACAGUACCUCCCUCUAUUUCCAUCAGGUUUAAUCGAGCCGAUAGAAGGUUUUGCGGACCAGCAUCUGAGACCUUUGCUCAAUCGUUACGUUCCAAGCUUUCGUGGUGUUCUACUAGCUUAUCGAAACCCCCGUAUCGGAGAGGCACCAGGUAGGGGGUCACUGACUGAAGAAAGCAAGGCGAAGGACACCGUCCUACUUGAGUCCAUCAACGAAUAUGCGGUAGCUUUCGGGUGGCUGACGGUCGACGUGGACCUGUUCCGUCCGUCUCGAGGCGCGUCCAUGGAAGGUAUAGUGAAUCUACAAGGCGAGGGCCAUAUCGGAGUCGUCUGCUGGGAUAUGUUCAAUGCUUCUAUCGAAGCGGCGCGAUUGCCUCAUGGCUGGCGCUGGGUUGAUUUGCUGUCCAAAGACAAAGAUAAAGGCAAAGACAGAGGCAAGGGCAAGAAAGCCGACAGGGAGAAGACAGCCGAGGAAGCCAAACUCCCGACACCCGAACCCUUUGACAACCCCGACGACGAUACUACUCAGAUGCAUACUACCGGUUACUGGGUAAAUGAGACCGGGAAGAGAAUACGAGGAGGGGCUAAGAUCUACUUCCGGAUCAAGCAUUACGAAGUUGGUAUCAGCGGCGAUUACGGAUACCUAAGUAUCGAAGGUACGAUGUUGGCCGAGGAAGAAGAGAAGGCUAAGAAUGCCGAGGAGAUGGAGGUCUUAAGACGACGCAGGCUGAAGCACGGCGGCGUAUUACGGAAAGAGCAGAAGCGCUUGCCUGAAUUCAGCAUGACCAAGUUCGGUGUGAAUGAAACCGAAGACAACGAGGCUCAGCGUGCCCCUAUACAAUGGGUACCGAGUCGUCCGGGAAGUGACACCGAAUAGGUAAACCAUAAAUACAUGUAUAAUCUUUCUCGGACGUUUCGGAGUAGGCGAAUACUGGCGUAACUAGGUCGGCCGAAGAUUAUCGAAACUGCGGCUAAUAUCGAUAUGGUUAUGAAAAGAGACGUAGUUGACUAGGUCGGCGUGGACAAUAAAAGGGUCAAAUUGUGGUCAACGUGAAGUUGGAAUCUGAAAGAAGGGGAAAUGCUUCAACCAAUACCAAGUUUUCGGUGUGCAGCGUUUUCGCUUGUCUAUUAAGCAAACCUCUUAUUAGGUAUAACUCUAGGUUAGGCCAACAC